GGAAAGAAAAGAAAAAGAAUACAAGUUUAAGAACAAAUAAUAUCACAAUUUUGGCGGCAACAAUGCCGUAGCAGAGUCCAAGAGCCUCACCCAAAAUAGGCUUCAAGAUAGGCUUCACUCGUGCUUUUUUAUUUCUUAUACGCUUCUAAGCUCCUAGAUUGACAUUGUGAAAAUACACGAGAGAACUACACUUAUCUCCAGGGCUUGAACCGCGAAAGAAUGCCUUUGGGGAAGUUCGCGAGAUGUCAAGGUUCGUAAUAAUUCUGAUGAACCUGAUGGGUAUUCUAACCCAACACCUUUGAACAAAAGAAGGCUUUCUUGGUUACCACCACGGAGAAUUGUUUACAUGAUAGGUCAUGAUACAUCUCGUUCAGUUUGGAUCAUGUCGCUUGUGAAGUUACAAGUCAGUGAUUAGCUACAAGUAAUGGUAUUAUAAAGAACCCCGUAAACUACAGACAAGAAGAAGGAGCCGAUUGAUGAAUCUGGAACAAUUAUGAAUGAUUUUAACCUGCGUGAAAGGCAAAUUAAAUAUUGUGAAUUUAAUCACGAUACAGAAUCCAUCAUACAGGUUUGAUCAACUGACAGGCGAACAAUCUUCCUAGCUAGUGCUGGAAAGUAAUAAAAGAAAAAAAGGGCAGAAAGAUUAAUAGCCAUUAAACACAGCCGCCUGAAUUGCUUGUAGAACUACCGGCUACCAAAACAGUUUCGAUUCAUUAUCCACAAGGGGCCUCAUUUUAUUAUUGUUAUCUUCUCCUUUAGAGCACCUCACUGAGCGCUAAACCGCGGUGUUAAAGGGAAGGAUUUUCAUUAAGUAAUUAACAUAGUUUCCUGGCUUGGAAAAAUUUUGCUGGUUAGCAUAUUUUCAAAUGAGACAAACAAUAGGUUAAGUAAAUAUGACGCAUAUCAAUUUUGAAAAUCCAGUCGGUUUUGACAAUCUGUCAGAGAAAAAGCGCUGAGAAACCAAACGUUUCAACAUGUAUUUGCAUAUGAAUAGUAACCUUUUGUCUCAACUAAGACAAUCACUUUACUUAAUGCUUUCAGUUGAUGAAUUCAAAGGUAUAACUUUUCACUCUGCGACAUCCUUCAUCCUAAUCGUGACCCUGAGUUUCUCAGAUACUGAAGAAACAUUUAAAAAAGCAAUGUGUUAUCGUCCAGUCACAACCACUAUAAUUUUACACUUGUCGACUAUUGCACCCGCAAAUAAAAUUAUCCGUAGAAAAUUGACGUCGCCAAGACAACUGGUUUGCAGCUGCUUGAAGCUUUUCAUUUUACUUCUGUUUAAAUUCUGGUCUGUCAAAGUGUUAGAAUUGUAAUGAGCUCAUUCUCGCCGCCAUGUCUUGCGGCUUUAUCAACAGGCGUUCUUCGCGAGGCCGAAAGUUUCUGUAUGAAGAAGAAAUCCAGACGCUCAUCGCAGGCGGAGAAAAAUUGAAAAGAAAGACCAUUUCAACCCUUGAAAUCGAUGAUAACUAUCGAAGUCGCCUCGUAAAGACCACGAAUUUAAACGAAACGCUGAGCAAACUCCAGCAGUUUGGUUCGGGUAUAUGUCGAAUUGAAGUCGCUCAAGAAAAUGGGACUAACUAUGCUGGAACUGGUUUUCAUUUUGGUGAUGGAUGGAUUCUAACUGCCGCUCACGUUCUUCGAAAUCGUGAUAAAGUUAACGUGGCAAGAUUCGUUUUCUUCCCGCCAGAAAUUGAAAUUUCAUUUGAAGCAAGGCCCCGAAGAGCAAUAGUUCACCGCUUGCUUCCCGCAGGUCGGAGGCCUGAUUAUCAUAACCGAGAUAUUGUGUUGGUCAAACUUGGCAUUCAGUACACUUACGGCAGGAAAAAAGAUGAUCUGGAAGAAUGGGAAAUAGACGAGCAACAACUCCUUGAGCAAUUCAAUUUGUUCGAUUUCACCUCAUUGAUGGAAAAUGUAUUCACUCCCACCGGAGAUGAGCAAUUCAGCUUGAAAGCCACGGAUCCACUGACAAUUAUUCAUUUUGGCAGUGGACAAAAUGACCGCAAGAAAUUUGCAUACGACAUCGAAACGUACGAAGUGUACAAACAUUUGGAUUUAAAAGUGAUCAACUUUGCGUUUUCCGUUGAUAGCGGAGCAUCAGGUUGCCCUGUAAUUCAGCGUGUUGGAGAGAAGUGGAUCCUAGUGGGUGUGUUCUUUGGCGGUGCCUAUUAUGAAAAUGAAGCCAAUUCAAUCAUAACGGGGCAAGCUCUGGUCUGGAACCAAGACGUCGUUCAACACAUCGAAGCUGGACGGCAAGCUGUCGGCAAGAUGUCGAGUUUUAAGCAAUACAAUGUUUUUAUUCCGUUCUCUGAGAGAGCUCAGCUUGUACUAGAAAAUAAAGUGAAGGAGGCCGCUGAUCUCGCGGUAAAACACCGUAUCUUGAUUCUGUGAUCUCCUCUCAAAACUGUUAUUUUGAUUCAAACAUAUUGUACUUAUAACUCGUCAAUAACGAUAUCGCGUGCGACAGAAUAUCAACUUAGCUCGUUAACAAAUGUUAAGUAGUAUGAGAUUGAAACCACAAGCUCGACAUGUACUAAGUCUUACCUAAAAGGCUCCUGAAGAGGAGCUGAGGGGAAAUAAAGAGCUGUGUUUACUGGA